AUGUCUUCCUCCGCAGAAUGGUCGCCCGACUCCUGGCGCUCAAAACCCAUCAAGCAGGCUCCCGCCUACCCAGACGAAGCCGGCUUGAAAAAGUCCGUCAAAGAAUUGGGACGGCUACCCCCCAUUGUCCACCCAAAGGAGAUUGUCGCACUCAAGCAACAUCUCCGUGAUGUGGCACUCGGCGAGGCUUUCCUGCUCCAGGGCGGUGACUGCGCGGAGCUGUUCGACUACUGCGAGCCCAAUGCAAUCGAGUCAAAGAUCAAGCUGCUGCUGCAGAUGAGUCUGGUUCUCGUUUGGGGUGCCGACAAGCGCGUGGUGCGCAUUGGCCGUAUGGCUGGCCAGUAUGCCAAGCCCAGAUCGAGCCCUACAGAAAUGGUUGACGGUGUGGAGAUGCCUUCAUUCCGCGGCGACAUUCUCAACGGCUUCCACGUUGAUGAGCGUGAAAUUGACCCGCAGAGACUCGUGAAGGCCUACCAGUAUUCUUCGGCAACCCUCAACUACAUCAGAGCAUGCCUCUCAUCAGGCAUCGCCGAUCUCCACAAGCCGCUGGACUGGGGCCUGGGCCAUGUCCGGGACCCGGAGCUCAAGAGGAAGUACUCCGAGGCCGUCCUCUCCCUCACAGACAUGCUCCGCUUCCUCCACACCAUCGGCGCCGACCGAAGCGACAAGCUGGACACGGUCGACCUCUUCACCAGCCACGAGGGCCUCCUCCUCGAGUACGAGCAGCCGCUGACCCGCCUCCUGGAGACGCCCGUCCCGCGUCCCACAGCAAACGGCAACGGCCCCCGGAACGACAGCAGCAGCGGCCCCACCGAGACUAAGAAGGAGUACUACGACACCUCGGCCCAUUUCCUCUGGAUCGGCGACCGCACCCGGCAGAUCGACGGCGCCCACGUCGAGUUCUUCCGCGGCAUCGCCAACCCGAUCGGCAUCAAAGUCGGACCCACCACGCCCGUGGACGACCUCCUCGCCCUGCUGCGCGCCCUCAACCCGGACAAGGAGCCCGGCAAGAUCACCCUCAUCACGCGGUACGGCGCCUCGAAAGUGCGCUCGCUGCUGCCGGCGCAUAUCCGCGCCGUCGAGGACAGCGAGUACCACCGCUGCGUGGUCUGGCAGUGUGACCCCAUGCACGGCAACACGGUCUCGACGGGCGGCGGCAUCAAGACGCGGCGCUUCCGCGACAUCUUUGAGGAGCUGCAGGAGACGCUGCGCAUCCACAAGGAGCAGAAGAGUUAUCUCGGCGGCGUCCACCUCGAGCUCACUGGUGAUGCCGUGACGGAAUGUCUGGGUGGUAGCGAAGGGCUGGAUGAGGAUGAUUUGUCGACCAACUACACGAGUUUCUGCGACCCGAGACUCAAUGAGAAGCAGGCGCUCGAGUUGGCGUUCUUGAUUGCGGAUCACUACAGGAACGAGAGAAGACCGGUUUUCGGCAUCUGGGCAUUCGGGAACAAAAUUGAUCCUCGUGCCACUAAUGCCAGGCACGCCACUAUGUACCUGUCGAAAUCCCGUGGGACACAUGGACCUCUCAAUACCACUUACCCACGCAAGAGGAAUCGAUUUGAUAAUGAAACAUGCAAGCGCAGCUGGCUCACCUUGGGACCGACAUGCGGGGAGGCCCUGGUGUUGUUGGUUCGUGUCCACCGGCUCACCGACGCAUUUACUUGCCCAGCAGGGAAGUUUCAGGCGGAUAUCAGCGGGCCAAAGAUAAGCGCGCCUUACGCCCUUUUACCCCAGCGGCCGAUAAGGGGAGCGGGGCUUCCCCGCGACUCCGCCGGCUACCCCUCUCAUCUUGCAUCCAUCAUCUUUCAACAAACCUUCACACUCUUCUCACUCGACAUUAUGGUCUAUCCAUUCGACUAUCUCCAACACCGUCGUGACUGCAACUUCAAGCAAUCCGAACGCGCGGACAGAAUUCGCCGCCUCACGGCCUACAAAGGCCCCUUUUCACAACAAGACCGCCAGAUCUUGGACAAACCCAUCGAGGAACUCGUCCAAGAUGUCCACAAGACCGUCCUCCAACCCAUUGACAUUCUCAAAACCUACGGUAAGGUAGCCCUCAAGGCCCACGAGCGCACAAACUGCCUCACCGAGGUCAUGCUCGAGUCCGCCGAGAAGUGGGUGGCCGACGGCUCCGUCAACCUCAAGGGCCCGCUGGCCGGCAUCCCCGUCAGCCUCAAAGACACAAUCGUCGUCGGCGGCUACGACACCACCGUCGGCUUCAGCAGCUUCGUGGGCAACAAGACGGCCGCCGACGGGCCCGUCGUCCGCCUCCUCAAGGACGCCGGCGCCGUCCCCUACGUGAAGACCAACCUGCCCAUCACCCUUCUCAGCUUCGAGUCCACAAACGACGUCUGGGGCCGCUGCACGAAUCCGCACAAUAGCCGCUACUCACCCGGCGGCUCCACGGGCGGCGAGUCCGCCCUCCUCGCCAUGGGCGGCCGCAUCGGCAUCGGCAGCGACGUCGCGGGCAGCGUGAGGGCGCCGGCGCACUUUUCGGGGUGCUACAGCCUCCGCUGCUCCACGGGCCGGUGGCCGAAGCUGGGCUUCUGCACGAGCAUGCCGGGCCAGGAGGGCGUGCCGUCCGUGUACAGCCCCAUGACGAGGACGCUCGACGACCUGCGGUAUUUCACGCGCGCCGUGGUGGGGAUGAAGCCGUGGGAGUACGACUACAGCGUCCACCCGCUGGCGUGGCGUUCCGAGACGGAAAAGACGUGGCUGUCCGACAAGAAGAAGCUCCGCGUCGGCGUGAUGCGCACCGACGGCGUCGUAGACCCCAGCCCGGCAUGCCGGCGCGCGCUGGAGAUGGUGGAGAAUGCGCUGCGCAAGCAGGGCCACGAGAUCGUCGAGAUUAGCCCGCCCUCACCCUACGAGGGUCUCAAGAUCGCCGCCCUCGCGCUCAACGCCGACGGGUGCCAGAUGUUCAGCACCUUCUUCCGCACGGGGGAGUGGAACGACCCGGGCGCCGCGCAGAUGAAGUUCCUGAUGAACCUCGCCAGUCCCUUGCGGUAUCUCUACUACCUCUGGGUGAAGUACGUUCGCCGCGACGAUAUCUGGGCGGGCCUCGUCCGGGACUGGCGGCCGCAGUCGGCGUUUGAGAACUGGAAGCUCGUCGCGCGGCGGGAGGCGUACCGGAAUCAGUGGUUUGAGUGGUGGAACAAGGCGGAUGUGGACUUUUUGAUCACGCCGCCUAAUGCUACGCCUGCUGUGCCGCAUGACGGGAUGAAGGAUGCGUGUAGCAGCUGCGGAUAUACGUUUCUCUUCAACCUGCUCGACUACACCGCCGGCGUUCUCCCCGUGACACAUGUGGACAAGGACCUGGAUCAGCUUCCCGCGGACUUCAACAUUAAGAAGCUCAAUGGCGUGGCGUACGGUGCGUAUAAGCUGUACGAUGCCAAGGACAUGCACGGCCUGCCCGUCGGCGUUCAGGUUGUAGGAAGGAGGUUGGAGGAGGAGAAGGUGCUGUCACUGAUGCAGAGUGUGGAGGAUGCUUUGGGCGAUGAAAAGUACAAGUUGUUGGACAUUGACUAA